AUGUUCUUCCGUCCCGGCGCGACCCUGCGCGUGAACCGCGCGAUGCAGCGCGCGCUCGACCGCGGCUCGUCGCGCUCGACUGCGAACGCGAUCCGGAGGAUUCACAACCAGAAAGUAGUCUUAGAGUCGCUUGUCCGCCCUGCGCUGGUUGCCGCGACGCCGAUGCUCGUCGAGGCCGCGGGCUACAUGGUCGAUGUUCGCAGCAUGUUUACGAGCUUUGAAGAGGACGACGAUGGAACAUAACGGCCGGCGCGCCCGCGCCCUGCGCCUUCAUCAUUGCUCCUCCGAGGUCCGAGAAGGUCGCGGU